AUGCGCAAACAACCAGGAGUACGUAUUUUGUUUUUGUGUUUAUUUAUCACAAAAACAGUUCUAUCCUCCAAAGCCAAAAAUGUUCUUUUACUGUUAGCUGAUGAUGGGGGGUUUGAGAUUGGCGCGUAUCUGAAUAAGAUCUGUCAGACACCAAACAUAGACGCGCUGGCUCAACGCGGCGUGCUCUUCAAUAACGCCUUCAGUUCCGUCAGCAGCUGCUCUCCCAGUCGUGCCGCGCUUCUGACGGGCACACCAAGCCACCAGAAUGGCAUGUAUGGCUUGCAUCAUGGCAUACACCACUUCAGCUCCUUCGACAACAUCACCAGCUUACCAGCAAUAUUACGUCAGCACGAUGUGUACACCGGGAUAAUCGGCAAGAAGCAUGUGGGCCCUGCAGAGGUGUAUCGGUUCGAUUAUGAACAAACAGAGGAGAAUAAUCAUAUCAACCAAGUGGGCCGCAACAUCACACACAUGAAAUUGCUUGCACGCGAGUUCCUCACUAGCGCCAACCAAAAACAGAAGCCUUUCUUCCUGUAUGUGGGAUUUCAUGAUCCGCAUCGGUGUGGUCAUCGCGACCCUCAAUAUGGACCGUUCUGUGAGCGGUUCGGCUCUGGUGAAGAAGGGAUGGGUGUCAUACCUGACUGGAAGCCUUGGUAUUACCAGUGGGACGAGGUGGAGCUACCUUUCCAUAUACAGGACACCGAAGCGGCACGAAGAGAUGUUGCAGCACAAUAUACGACUAUGUCGCGACUCGAUCAAGGGGUUGCAUUGAUUCUCAAAGAAUUAGAAGACGCCGGUCAUUCUGAUGACACCCUUGUGAUUUUCACGUCGGAUAACGGUAUACCGUUCCCAUCGGGGCGUACUAACUUGUACCAACCAGGACUGCGUGAACCUUUGAUUAUAGUAUCUCCGGAAGCCAAUGUCCGCCGAAACCAGGUCUCGGGGGCCAUGACCAGUCUGCUCGACUUGAUGCCCACCGUACUCGACUGGAUGGGAGUCAAACGAGAACAGUAUGAAUCCAAUGAAAUACAUCAACCUGACAUGCCGAAGAGUUUGCUGCCUAUUCUCGAAAAAGAACCUCCGUAUUCGGAUCGCGACGCAGUGUUUGCAUCACAAACGCAUCAUGAGGUCACUAUGUACUAUCCGAUGCGAGCCGUGAUCACGCGACGAUAUAAACUCAUUCACAAUCUGAAUUUCGGCAUGCCCUUCCCUAUCGACCAAGAUCUCUACGUAUCACCCACUUUUCAGUCAAAUGGUAUGAGUAGUCUAAAGGAUCACGGGAACCCCCAUUCGUAUGAGUUUAUAGACUUAGUAGGUAUCUCUAGAUUCAAAACACCUCUGAUGCGCGGGUCACUGUGGGCGGCGCGGCCCCUCAGGAAAGAUCAAUUGACGCUCAACGGAUAUACUGAAUCGCACCCGCAGCAAGCAGCCACUGCCGUGGUACAAGACGCUAAAGCAAUACUACUAUCGACCGGAGUGGGAACUGUACGAUGUACGGCGCGACCCCGCCGAGACCAACAACCUGCACGGCAAGGGGUCGCUGGAGGGCGUGGAGCAGCAGUUGCGCGCGCGGCUGGCGGCGUGGCAGCGCGCCACCCGCGACCCCUGGCGGUGCGCGCCCGGCGCCGUGCUGGAGGACGUCUGCCGCAGCCUCGACAACGGCCUGCUGCGGAGAGGCUGUCGAUGUUCAUGAGCCUCUCCAUUGACGAGGGGACAAAUGGAUCAAAACAUGAUUGUCCUGGUGACUCGGCCACGGCUUCCAGGGACUCAUAUUCAACGAGAGGUGGCACAGUAGGGGUUUUGGUGGGCAGGCCUCACACGACCUAA